CUACUUGAGCCGCUGCCAGGUUUAUGAUUGGUCAACAGCUUUGGUCAACAGUGAACUGGUUUAGGGAAGAUGGUCAGUCACUCUGCAGUCUAGUCAGUUAUACGAGCAUGGAGCAUGGAGCUGAUUGCCAUGCCAGAUGUCGACACUACAGGUAACCCCAUGUCCAUGAGCCUUGACCAGACAAUGGAAGAAAGCCUAAGAGAUGACUUGAGAUAUUACUUCAUGAGUCCCUGUGAGAAAUACAGAGCACGGCGACAACUACCAUGGAAGCUGACAGUACAGAUUUUAAAAAUCGUCAUGAUUACGACUCAGCUUAUUCUCUUUGGGCUAAACAACCAGCUCGUAGUGACCUACAAAGAAGAGAACUUGAUGGCCUUCAAGAAUUUGUUCCUGAAGAGCUACAGUGGUGUGGAUGAGGACGACUAUAGUGUAGCUGUCUAUACUAAACAGAGUGUCUUUGAUCAUCUUUACUACAUCAUAGAUCAGUACUCUCAGUUAGACGAGCUGUCCGUGGGCUCUGUCGGCUAUGCCGAGGAGGAUGGAGAGAUACUUCCUUUGGUCAUCUGUAAAGAGUACUACAAACAGGGCAGCGGGAAGCAUUCUGAAAAAACCUAUGACAUAAAUUCCCAAAUGGAGUCAGUUUGCCUAACUUUGGAGCCCAAGUCUGAUGCAACAUGGAGAACUAACAAUGCCUCUUUUUUUGAGAUUGACUUUUACAGACUCAUUGCUAUAGAAAUCUCAUUCCGGCUUAAAGGGAUCAACCUACAAACCGUCCUGUCACAUGAGUUGCCCGAUUGUUACAAUUUUGCUGUUUCGAUUACAUUUGACAAUCAGUGCCAUAGUGGAAAAGUGAAAGUUACCCUUGAUAUAGAUGCUGUUAGCAGUGCAUGCAAAGACUGGAACAUUUCAGGUCAUGCUCAGAAGAACACUCACUAUAUUCUGAUCUUUGAUGCUGUUGUAAUGCUUGUGUGUCUGAUCUCUUCUGUGCUUUGCAUUCGCUCUAUUUUUCUUGCUAUUAGAUUACUUCAGAGAUUUUCCAAGUUCUGUCUUUGGAAAUAUAAUCAUAAAGUAUGUGAGGAGGACCAACGGGAAUUUUUAAAUGGCUGGUACAUCUUAGUAAUAAUCAGUGAUGUUAUGGCAAUCAUAGGGUCAAUACUGAAGAUGGAAAUUCAGGCAAAGAGCCUGACAAGCUAUGAUGUGUGUAGCAUCUUUUUAGGAACAUCCACACUCAUGGUGUGGGUUGGUGUCAUCAGAUAUUUAGGUUAUUUCCAGAAGUAUAAUGUUCUUAUCCUCACUAUGCAGGCAGCCCUACCCAACGUUCUCCGCUUCUGCUGCUGUGCAGGGAUGAUUUAUCUUGGCUACACUUUCUGUGGGUGGAUCGUUUUAGGGCCCUACCAUGAAAAGUUUGAGGGUCUGAGCCGCGUGGCCGAAUGCCUCUUCUCCCUGGUGAACGGGGACGACAUGUUCUCGACGUUUGCCGAGUUCCAGCAGAAGAACACUGUGGUGUGGCUUUUCAGCAGGGUCUACCUUUAUUCUUUCAUAUCUCUCUUCAUCUACAUGGUGCUCAGCCUUUUCAUAGCUCUCAUCACAGAUGCUUAUGAGAGUAUUAAGCGCUACCAGAAAAACGGGUUUCCCAUGACAGAGCUGCAGCUGUUUCUGAGUGUGAAGAAGGAGUUCCCAGAGGGGGAGGAUGUUGUGAAUGGAGAGAAAGGCAGCCCCAGUAGCUUCUUGUCCUUCACUAUGCUAUGUGGCUGCAGAAGAGUUUCCACAGACGAUUGUACAGUUCUCAUCAGCUGACCUCAUGAUGAACAACAGCUCAAUAAACUGAGGCAAGGCUGUCUUUGGGUAGAACAUCGGUCAUCGCAGAUGUUCAAAAUGCCUCCAUUAUACUGUGUAGACUGUAUACCAUCUACCCUAUCGUUUAGAUGUGUAACAGAGAGGGGAACAUAACCCGCAUUAGCCAAAGGAAGAUGGCGAUCCGUAAUAUCCAUGAAGAGGACUGGAAUAUAAUUAAGGCUAAGGAGUAAAAAGAUUUGCUGGGAAAUUCAUCUUAAUGAGGAAGUGCAAUGUUAUUCCUGCCAUAUGUUACAAAUACAGGAAAAGUGACUAUUUUCCAUUUACUCAUUAACAGAAGUAAAGGCUCCAAUGCAAUCGAUGAACUAUAAACCAAGGGUUAGAUAUUGUUAAGAAAAUUUAGCAAUUGGAUUGAACUCUUUAAUUUUAACUUGAAAACGUUCACAAACUCUGGGAGAAAAAGACUCUGGAUGUUUAUUUAUUUGUUCAUGUGGAAGGAAACAUAUUUGAUGUAUGUCUGCUCUCAUGUCUUAUUGUUACAUAACUAACUCAGAUAAGUAACUCAAUAAAAAGAAAGGUAAGAAAACAAAGGC